AUGAUGUUGCUCUACAAGGACCUCGGCCAGAGCCAGAAGCUCGCCAUUCGACCCGACGACACCCUGCAGUCCAAACGGACGCUGUACUGCUUGGCGACGGGCAAGGGAUUCGGGCCCGAGUGGCCACAUUGCGAAGUGGACUCGACCCCGCAUCAACGCGCCGAGCGCACCUUGUACUACGAAUAUGUGAAGCACGACCUCGACAAGUACAAAGUGUUUUAUGUCUGCCCGCUCCACUCGGUGCCCUGCCAAAACGGCGACACGAUCGCCUGCUACCCGGGCCUGGAGCGCGACAUGACCAAGCCGUUCGAGCUGCUAUGCAAGCCCGACGCGACGAAGAAGUCCAAGCCACAGGAAAUCACCGAGUACCACGUCACCGACUACCUGGCCAUCAAGAAGCGUAAAACCCAAAAUGCGCAACGCCACCCCGAGCUG